GGGCGGUGCGGGGCGGCCCGGGAAGGGGCGGGGGCGGCAGGAUGGGCUGGGCUGGGCACGGCUCGGCACGGCUCGGCACGGCGGGGUUCGGCACGGCUCGGCUCGGCACGGCUCGGCACGGCUGGCAGGCAGCGCGCUCCCGCAGCCGCAGGGCUGGCUCUCCCUCUCCGAGUCUUGGAUAGAGCUGGGAUUAAUUCGAGCUCUCUAGCCUGAAAGAGAUGUUCCGUUUAAAAUUCCCAAUCCCGAAGGCAUUUUGGAGUUUGGUUCUAGGGAUGGCACCCGCGGGGCCCGAGGCCGCCCCGGCCCGCCGGUGAGGUGACCCCCACCGCCCACCCCGAGCCCCCUGCCCGGAGCACGAUGAACAAGCUGCCCUUCCACAACAACAGAGUCAUGCAGGACCGGCGCAGCGUGUGCAUCUUCCUCCCCAACGACGACUCCCUCAACAUCAUCAUCAACGUGAAGAUUUUGUGCCAAGAGUUGCUGGUGCAGGUGUGUGACCUCCUGAGGCUGAAGGAUUGUCACCUCUUCGGGCUCAGCGUCAUCCAGAACAAUGAGCACGUGUACAUGGACCUGGCCCAGAAACUCUACAAGUACUGCCCCAAGGAGUGGAAGAAGGAGGCCAGCAAGGUCAGCGGUGAGGUCUUGCAUGGAGAGCUGACGGCAGUAAGGCCACCUCUGUCCCCGUCACAGGGGAUCGACCAGUUUGGCCCCCCGAUGAUCAUCCACUUCCGAGUGCAGUACUACGUGGAGAACGGGCGCCUCAUCAGUGACAGGACAGCUCGGUACUACUACUACUGGCACCUGAGGAAGCAGGUGCUGCACUCGCAGUGCGUGCUGAGGGAGGAGGCAUAUUUCCUGCUCACUGCCUUUGCCCUCCAAGCCGACCUGGGAGACUUCAAGAGGAACAAGCACUACGGGAAGUACUUCGAGCCCGAGGCGUAUUUCCCUGCCUGGGUGGUGGCCAAGAGGGGCAAGGAUUACAUCCUGAAACACGUCCCCAACAUGCACAAGGACCAGUUUGCCCUGACGGCCUCGGAGGCACACCUCAAGUACAUCAAGGAGGCCGUCAGGCUGGACGACGUGGCCGUGCACUACUACAGGCUCUACAAGGACAAAAGGGAAGUGGAGGCCUCCCUGACUCUGGGGCUGACAACACGGGGAAUCCAGAUUUUCCAGAACCUGGAUGAGGAAAAGCAGCUGCUCUACGACUUCCCGUGGACAAACGUGGGGAAGCUGGUGUUUGUGGGCAAGAAGUUCGAGAUCCUGCCGGACGGGCUGCCCUCGGCCCGCAAGCUCAUCUACUACACGGGCUGCCCGCUGCGCUCACGCCACCUCCUGCAGCUGCUGAGCAGCAGCCACCGGCUCUACAUGAACCUGCAGCCCGUGCUGCGCCAGGUCCGCAGGCUGGAGGAGAACGAGGAGAAGAAGCAGUACCGGGAAUCCUACAUCAGCGACACGCUGGACCUGGACAUGGAGCAGCUGGAGAAGCGCUCGCGCGCCAGCGGCAGCAGCGCCGGCAGCAUCCGGCACAAGCGGCUGUCCCGGCACUCCACCGCCUCCCACAGCAGCUCCCACACCUCCGGCAUCGAGGCCGACCCCAAGCCCCGCGAGGUGGGGCCCGAGGACGGAUUCCCCGGCGCCGGCGCCCACCGCAAGCUGAAGACCUGCAGCUCCAUGACCAGCCACGGCAGCUCCCACACCUCCGGCGUGGAGAGCGGCGGCAAGGAGCGGCUGGAGGAGGAUUCCCAGGAUGACGAAAUCGAGAUGCUGGUGGAUGACCCCCGGGAGCUGGAGCAGGCUGGGGAGAUGGAGGUGAGCCCCGACAUGUGCGUCUACAUCACCGAGGACAUGCUGCUGUCCCGCAAGUUCAACGGGCACGCGGGACUCAUCGUGAAGGAGAUCAGCUCCUCCACCUCCAGCUCCUCAGAGACGGUGGUGAAGCUGCGGGGGCAGAGCACCGACUCCUUACCCCAGACGACGUGCAGGAAACCCAAGACGUCGACGGACCGGCACAGCCUGAGCCUGGACGACAUCCGGCUCUACCAGAAGGACUUCUUGCAGUUGGCCAACCUGUGCCAGGACACGGCGCAGAGCUUCACCUUCGGCUGCGCCCACGGCCUGGACGAGGACGGGCUCUACUGCAACGGCUGCCUGGCCCAGCAGUGCAUCAACAUCCAGGACGCCUUCCCGGUGAAGAGGACCAGCAAAUAUUUCUCCUUGGACCUGACCCACGACGAGGUGCCCGAGUUCGUGGUGUGAGCGCGGGGAGGCUCCGGCGCCGCCUCGCCCCGGCCCUGCCCGGCUGCCCCUGCAGACCGUGGGAUCCAUGGUGCCAAGGAUUGUCCGGAAAAGGGGCGGGAUGGGCAUCCCCGGGCACGGAGCGGAUUCCGGAGGAGUUUGUGCCAAACACGAGUUGUCUUAUUCCGACUGAGGAGGGAGGAGCACGGCUCAGCUGGAGCAGGCAGGAGCCCGCCCCUGUGUGAUCUCUCCCCCUCCUUGCCCCCAGGUGACUCUGGGGUGCCUGGAAAGCCCAGACUGUGUUCAAGCCAAGCCAAAGAAAUGUAAAUAACCCUAAAGGCCAGUAUGGGAAGGGAGAAUUAAGCAAUAACCAGCCAGGGAUCUCCGGGCACCGUGAUGUUCCAGGGAGGAAGGCAUGGCCAGCAGCUCCUGGGGCACAGCAUAAUCCCAGCUUUUCCAAAAAGAACCUGACCUGUGGAGGUCAGGCCACAGCAGUCCCAGCCAGGUGGAUGAUGGCUGGAAGCUCUCAGAGCCAUUUGCAACUUGUUUUUAUCAUUUUCUUUUUUUUUCCUUUUUUUUUGAGAGCAAAACCCCAAAACCAAAAAAAAAAAAAAAAGAACGCAAAGGAGGAUGGAAGAAAAUAAGUCCCCUAUAAGGAUAAUGCAAUAAUGCAUCCCAAACAUUGAAUAUCUAGAGAAUACAUAUAUAAAUAUAUCGAGGUAUGUAUGUUUAUAUAUGUCUGGAUCCUACAGACCCAUUUGCAUUUUACUCCUGCUCUGAAACACCUUUUAUACAAAGGAUCUGCCUCUUUCUUUCACGAACUCUAUCAGCAAUCCUAUUUUUUUUUCCUAAGCACUAAGGUGAGAAAACAGACUUUCCUCUCAAGGAGAACGUGCAUCCAACCACCUUGUCCGUGUGGAUCUUCCAUUCUCUUUUUCCCAAGGCUUCUCAUGAGUCUUUAGGUGUCUUACAGCUGGAAUAAUCCUGCCAGAGGAUGGUGGUGACGUGCUAGGAAAAUCCAAGGGUGGUUUUCUGAGUGUGUCCCAGGGAAGCCAGACAGCCCAGGUGGAAUACUGGCCAGGGUGGAGCACUGCAGAGUUAAUUAUCACAGCACAAUGCCUUUGUAGUGGAUGUUUUUAAUUAGAGUUUAGCCAUUGAGAGCCAAAGGUUUGCCAUAUUUUGAUAUACCACCUCUUUUUUUUUUUUUUUUUAACUGGAAGCUUUUCUUAAAAACAACAAACCAAAAAAAAAAGUUAUAAUUAUUUUAUAAAUAAGCACAAUCUUAUUUUUAUAAGAAAUGUUGGGGGAGGGAGCUGAGAAAGGGGAGCUGGUACCAAAAGAAAUGGAGCACAGCUAUAGGCACAGUGCAAAAAUAAAUCUCUUGGGAUGUUGGGGUGUGGGAGAGCUGCUGUGGGACCGUGGCACUGGCACCGUGUCCCCACCCCAGAGCUUGACCUGGCCCUGCCUGAGGGGUUUUAUGGGAAAAUAAUGCGGAUAUCCCAUGUUGGCAGGGCAGGAUGGUGGUCUCUAAAGCAUCCUCACCUCCCUAAAUCCACCCAGGGCAGCUGGAGGGAUGCUGCUGGGGCUCAGGGCUGCGUGCCCCACUCUGGUUUGGGGGAGACCCCCCCAAAUACCCCCCAAACCUCUCUUUGGGUGCUGGGAUAACAUUUGUGACUGCAGCCCCCCCUCCACGCUGGGUUUGCAGUGUGUGCACCAGCAGCGUGAGUUUCUCUGCAGGAAAAUCCCCCAGAUUCAUCCCCAGCCUCUUUUUCCCUCUCCUCCUCUCCUCUGGGCGCUCUCCAUGGCACCCCCACCCUGCAGAAACACGGAGCUGGAGGGGAAAAAGGGAUAAAUUGUGUAAAGAGAUGCUCAGAAUGGGGAGGGGGCAGCCCCAUCCCCUUAUCCUGCAUCCAGAGCUGGGUUGGAGGGGUGGGGGCUGGAGCUGGGCUGGUGCUGAGGGAUGUGAUGGAGCUUGUCCCUGCAAAGACAGCAGUGCCAGGGGGCAGGGGACAGACACAGAGGUGCCAUUGGAGCAGGGGACAGACACAGAGGUGCCAUUGGAGCAGGGGGACACAGAGGUGCUGUUUGUUCCCGGUUUUCCCGCAGGUGGCCGGGGCGGUUCCAGCAGGGGCCGGGGGUGGCCGUGCCCGCCUGCCCUUGGGGCUUUUUCCCCCCUUGCAAUAAGGAGCUGUCUGUCUGCACAAAAUAAUCCUUUCUGUGAAAGGAUCUUCCCGUCGGGGCCAUGGGAGAGCCCGGUGACUGUGUUGCAAAAGGAGCAGCAAAAAAAAGAAAAAAAAAAAAAAAAAGAAAAAAAAAAAAGAAUAAAGAAUAAAAGGGAAACUCAAGGAAAACCACACGAAAAUCCCCCGGAGCGAAAUUCUUUAAUUCUUUUGUACCAAUGAAGUUUGUUGUGUGCCUUUUGCAGUACGGCUGGACGUGACAAUAAAGUGACAGUUGUUUGCAUCA